CUUUUCUUUAAACAAAUUGCGAUUCAAGUUCGGUGGUAUUUUGGCAAUCCCUCACGUAUCGGUCAACAUUCUAGGCGUAUAAAAGGAAAAUAUUCUGCGAAAUAUUUCAUAAGUUUUUGGUUGCAAUUUAGUAAUACCUGCUUGAAGGAUUUUGGAGAAAAUGAAUCCGAAAUUGGUGGUUUUGGGUUUGGUGAUUGUUUGUGCUGUUUCUGUGCAAUCAUUCAAAUACAAGCAUCAUUACCCUCACUACUAUGGAGGCGACUGCGAUUGCGACGGGUACCCUGACUACAGAGGAGGUCCUUGCUGCGAUGGCGGUUAUCCUUGCGGCGGUUACGCGGGCCCCUGGGCUCCCGGUACUUACCCGCCGAACCCUUGCGGUACUGUACACGUUUCGCCGGUGGUCGGAUUGCUGAGCAAGAUGAAGGCCAAGGUCGUUGCCAAAUUGUGCGAUGACGACUGGGGCUACGGAGGAUGCGGUGGAUGCGGCCAUGGAUGUAAAGGAGGCAAGAAGUGCAAGUGGCUACACAGCCCUUACUUGUGGAAGAGAUACUGGGCCGCCAACAAAUACUGUUAAAUUUCGUUUUAAAAUUUUUGAAUAAUAAAUUUAUGUUGA